CUGUGACGGUGGAGCAAUCCAGAUUUAUCCUUAGCUAUCGCACAUCAUAGCACAUGCCAUGCUGGGCUUGAGCCUGUAAACGCUAUAACACAAAAGAUUAUCAGGGCAAUUCGAUAGGAAAGGCUGCUGUGAGAGUGUGAGCUGCCAUUGAUUGUCCAAAGGGGCAGCGUUUCUCUUAGUUCCGGUUUGUAUGCCUGUGCUGUGUGCGAGUUGGGAUCUAAACAAAAGGCUGCCGUCAUCCUAAAGGAGAUAUUCUUCUGCAAGAGAAUCGUCUACUUGAUGCAAACCAAACAUGAGUUCCUAUUUUGUUAAUCCCCUUUUUUCCAAAUACAAAGGCAGCGAAUCAUUGGAGCCAACUUACUACGACUGCAGGUUUCCACAAAGCGUUGCCCGGAGCCACACGCUGGUGUACGGACCCGGAGCAGCCGCACCGGGCUUCCAGCACCCAUCGCAUCAUGUGCAAGACUUUUUCCAUCACGGAACCACGGGAAUCUCCAACCCAGGAUACCAGCAGAACCCGUGCGCCCUCGCUUGCCAUGGAGACGCAACGAAAUUUUAUGGAUACGAAACCCUUCCGAGGCAAACGCUUUAUGGUACCCAGCAAGACGCAAGCCUCGCGCAAUACCCAGACUGUAAAUCGUCGAGCAGCUCUAACCCCGGAGAAGGACAGGGCCACUUAAAUCAAAACUCCUCUCCCAGUCUAAUGUUUCCUUGGAUGAGACCCCACGCCCCAGGUAGACGAAACGGAAGGCAGACCUACAGCCGCUACCAAACUCUGGAACUGGAAAAAGAGUUUCUCUUCAACCCUUACCUAACACGCAAGCGUCGCAUCGAAGUGUCCCACGCCCUGAGCCUCACUGAGCGCCAGGUGAAGAUCUGGUUUCAGAACCGAAGAAUGAAGUGGAAAAAGGAGAAUAACAAAGACAAAUUUCCGGGUCAAAGAGGAGACGCCGAAGCCGAGGCAGAAGAAGAGGCCAACGAGGACGGUGAAGGGGACGAGGCUGAAGAAAAAGAAGCGGAAGAGAAAGAGGAGACCAAGGAGUGAUUUUAUGGUGUUUUAUUGUUAUAUGGCCGAAAUAGAGAAAAAGAAGUCCCAUAAACCGACAAUGAGCUAGAAGUAGUGUGAGAGCUCUAACUUUAUGACCACCAUUUGAUUUAGUAAAGUGGGAACCACUGUUAUAACGUGCAUAGAGAGCAAAUUUCGUUCCUCUUAACAGAUAUCCUGACAUACCUUGCCGACUUCCAUUCGCACACUUGUGGCUGCAUUCGAUAGAAGUAAGGUCCUCGCCUCAAAGGUUAAUUGGCACGCACGUUUAAAAUGGGAAAUGGCUUGGCAACUUCAUCAUAUUUACAUUUAAUAUCCUCAUUAAAAGCAUAGCCACAACAUGAUGAAGAUAUGACCAAUGUUCAUCCGUGUUUGUAUAUAAAUAUAUAGCCCAUUCACAAAAGAAGGACGUCAUAGGCCUAUAUAGUCAGUAAACAGUUGCCUUGCAGCGUUUAAAGCAAAUUGUGGGCUUUACUUUGUGAUAAAUCUUCAACGUCAUUCGAGCAUUGGCAGUUUAUCCAUUGACCACUAGGUCUUUGUAUAAUCUACAAACAUUUCUUAGUACUAUUAUUAAUAUUAUUUGUAUUAUUAUUGAGUCUCAUUCUUAAGUGAGUGGCCUAGACAAAGAUAGCCAUUAGUUCCUCAGAUGUCUUUUCUAGGAUAACCAGGGAAAUGCAAUCGUUUGAAAACCUUUGAUGCUACCUAAACCUGGGGAAAUUGCAAUAGAGAUUUCUGAAUAUAGAGAUUUCAUAUGGUUUAAUUUUAAAGUGUUAUAUAUGACCUUGUAUUACUAAGUUAUAUAUGUAUGUAGUACUUACCCGAUACACCUGUUGAUGACAAUUUCUAUGUCUUUGGAAGACAAUUAGCUCAAAGCCAAGCAAAGCGUUUGGAGAACCGGUACCGCGGCACUACCUAAUAACAGAGCUUUGCUUUUUCAGAAGUUUAUGCAUUGCUCUGUUUUGAUCAAACCCUUUCCCCCCCAACAACUAAGACUGCCUAAACGCACACAAAUGUGUACCUAUAAUGAUACUGCUACAAAUACAACAAUUUUAAAAUAAGGACAUUUAUUUUAAUGUGCUGGUGAUAUAGCGUAGUUGUUUUGCACUGAAUAUAAUCCACAUGUACGUCUUGUUAUAUAUUGUUGUUAAAAGUAUGCUCGUUUUUGGUGUUUCCUGUGAAAAACAGAAUAGUGUGUCCUCGCCAUUGCUGUUGAUGUAAAAGUCACAAAUAAACAAUAUGGUUCACACUCUCGUUUCAUUGUAAUUUAUUUUUCAUGCCAUGGGUACUGGGAGAAAUGAUAUCCAUACCUAGAAAAAAGGGAAUAAUGAGCAAACUUGGAGACAACAAUGUCCUUAAUGAGGCUGUUGUGAAAUACCCUCAUGAGCUGUAAACUCUGAGGAUAAUUAAACCAGGUGCCCGGGCAGCAAGGGUGCGGGUGCCAAAUUAUGUGAUUAUGGCCUUCAUAUCUUACAUCGGAAAUAUAGAAAUGAUCAUGGAAAAUUAAUUAACAGCUCCACAUUACAAUAAUGGGUUUGUAGGCUGGAUCUAGCUCGGCGCGCAGUUUCCAUAUCUAAACUUCACUCGUUCCUCCAAUCAUCUGGAUAUAAAAAAAAAUCCAGUUUUGUUUAUUAAUUGCAUCAUCUUCCUUACCUUGUAAGGACUUUAUAUGAUUCCAUUCACAGCAUGAUGAUAUUAUCAAAAAAAUAAGACACUUGAUUUAUCCGCUUAAUAAGAAGCUUUCUUACAGGUCUAUCUUGGGAAAACGAAGGCUUUAUUAAUUAAUCUUAAAGCGAAGUGGGUCCUUUUGAGAUUGUUUGUAAUAAAGUCAUGUUGUUUUAUAAUAACAAUUAACCGACAUGAUUUAAAAACGAAUGGUAGCCUACUAGAGACCCGUUGCGAAAGAAGUGGUCUCCGCCUGUUUUUGUAGAAAUUCAAGUUACAAAGAGUUGGGUUGCGUCAACGAACUAGAAUCAACACAUAAGAGCAGGCGCAGGUAUCUCAGUGCACAUUACGUGUGUCUAGUCUGAUCAAUAACACUGGUGGUGUUUUGAAGACUCAUGAAAUAAACAAUGAAAAGCUGGUUAAUUUGACACGCGAGGUCCAUAAUCACCUAAUAACUGCCAGACUAAUCAUCUAAAAAAAGAUCUGUAAGAAUGAUACCCACCCAAAAAAGAAGGCACAGUGCAACAG